CAUACUGCAGCAACACACAGACGGCACCAGACCUGGCUGGAGGCCCAUUUUUUUUCGGAGCCCUGCGCUGAUUUAACCCUCCCAAGCGGAUGUACUUUAGCACUGCAGCAGCAGGUCCAGAAGUGCAGGCGGUUUGCGGCCCUUCCCCCCGCCCUCCUCCCCGCGGCCCCGAAGCUUCAGCAGCGAAGCCGGGGCGGAGACGAGGGGAGGCGGCGGCGCGGGAGCCGCACCCCUCCCGGCUCAGCGGCGAGAGCCCGCGGCCACCGGGAGCGAGGGGCCUGGCUCACCGAGGAGCCGCAACACGUGGGUGAGGACGGUGCAGCCGGGCAGGGAGUGCGGGGUCCCGCAGGCAGCGGGCUCCGGCAGGCAGCGGGCUCCGGCAGGCAGCGGGCUCCGGCAGGCAGCGGGGUCCCGCAGGCAGCGGGGGCGGGUCCCGCAGGCAGCCGUGUCGCUGUUCCCUGCCCAGGUGCUGAAGCGGAGCCAGCCGCGGCUUAGCGUCCUCCCCCGCCUCCUCCCGCGCAGCAGCUGGAGCUGGAGAAAGCGGAUCCGGCGAGUCCCGGUCCCUCCUCCUUCCUCCUCCUCCUCUUCCUCCUCCUCCCCGGAGCCGCCGGAGGGAGAGAGGUCGGAGCCGCCGUCUCAGGAAGCCGGCGAGCAUGGACCGGCCGGCGGCGGGGCCGGCGGCGGCCGGCGGCUGCUGCUCGCCGCUUGCAUGAGGCGGCGGGGCGGCGGCGGCGGGGAGUGAGGCCGGGCCAGGGCCGGGCGAGGCGGCUCCGGGCUCCGGCAGCUCCCCACCCCCCCGCCCCGGCCAUGGCGGCGGCUGCUCGGCGGAGCCGCGGCGGGGCGGUGGUGCUGGGCCUGCUGCUGCUGGGGCUGUGCGCCGGGCGGGCGGCGGGCGGGCCGCUUCGCUACUCGGUGCGGGAGGAGCUGCCGCACGGAGCCUUCGUGGGCAGCGUGGCGAGCGAUCUGGGCGUGGAUCCGCGGCGACUGGCGGCGAGGGGAGCGCGGCUUACCUCGGGCAGCGGCCGGCAGUACCUGGAGCUGGAGUUGGGCCGCGGGGCGCUGCUGGUGCGGGAGCGCAUGGACCGCGAGGCGCUCUGCGAGCUGAACCCCGCCUGCUUCCUCAGCCUGGAGUUGGUCGUCGAGCAGCCCAUCGAGGUGCACAAUGUGGAGGUGGAGGUCCUGGACAUCAACGACAAUGCGCCGCGCUUCCCACGCCAGGAUUACCGGCUGGAGAUCAGUGAGUCUGCCGUGCCCGGGGCCCGCUUCCCCAUCGAGAGUGCCCAGGACCCCGAUGUGGGCACCAACUCUGUGCAGAGCUACCAGCUCAGCCCCAGCCGCCACUUUGCCCUGGACCUUAAAGGCUUCCAGAGCGGCAGCAAGCUCCUGGAGCUGGUGCUGCAGCAGCCACUGGACCGGGAGCAGAGUGCCAUGCAGCAGCUGGUGCUUACUGCUGUGGAUGGUGGGGAUCCCCCCAAGUCCGGUACAGCCCAGAUCUCUGUGCGAGUUGUGGAUACCAAUGACAACCCACCUGCCUUUGACCGCUCCACCUACACCGUGAGCCUUCUGGAAAACGCCCCACCUGGCACACUAGUGGUCAAACUCAAUGCCUCAGACCCCGAUGAGGGCUCCAACGGGGAUGUGAUCUACUCCUUUAGCAGCUACACCCCACAGAAGGUGAGGCAGCUCUUUAGUGUGGAUCCAUACUCAGGGGAGGUGCGGGUUAAUGGUACCUUGGACUAUGAAGAGGCAUCCUCCUAUGAGAUCUAUGUGCAAGCCACUGAUCAGGGCCCUGUCUCUAUGGCUGGGCACUGCAAGGUGCUGGUCAACAUUGUGGAUGCCAACGAUAACGUUCCUGAGGUGGUCCUGACCUCCCUGUACAGCCCAGUGCCAGAGGAUGCAAAGGCAGGAACUGUGGUGGCCCUGAUGAGCGUCACUGACCAGGACUCAGGGCUGAACAAGCAAGUGAGUCUGCGUAUUCCUCCCGGCCUCCCCUUCACACUCAACUCUUUCAAGAACUCCUACACCCUGGUCACCCAGGGCAAACUGGACCACGAGAAAGCAGCAGCCUACAACAUCACAGUUACAGCUACCGACUCUGGGACCCCCCCUCUCUCCUCCCAGAAGGUGAUCCAUGUGGAGAUCUCUGACAUCAAUGACAAUCCUCCACGCUUCGAUGAACCUGUGUACUCAGUUUACAUCCCUGAGAACAACCCCCUUGGAGUCUUAAUGUGCACUAUCAAAGCCACCGACCCAGAUGUCGCCGAAAAUGCCCAUGUGUCCUAUUCUCUACUAGAUGGGGAGAUUGAAGGGCUACCUGUCGCCUCCUACGUCUCCAUUAAAUCCGACAGUGGCAACAUGUAUGCUGUCAGGUCCUUUGACUAUGAGACACUAAGGGAGUUCCAGGUGGUUGUCCAGGCUCAGGAUGCCGGGAUCCCACCACUGAGCAGCACUGUCACUGUCUACAUCUAUGUGGUGGACGAGAAUGACCAUGCUCCACAGAUUCUGUAUCCUACCUCAACCAACACUUCAGCAGCCCUGGAGAUGAUCCCACGCUCGGCAUAUGCUGGAUAUUUGGUAACAAAAAUUAUAGCCAUUGAUGCGGACUCAGGACAAAAUGCCUGGUUGUUCUUUCACCUGGUGCAAACCUCAGAUCCAGGUUUGUUCAGGGUAGAGCUCCAUACUGGGGAGAUUAGGACUACUCGCAAACUGGGGGAGGACAGCACACCUACUUUCAACCUGACGGUGGAGGUGAGAGACAAUGGAGAGCCACCGAUGUCCUCCUCAGUAGCCAUCACUGUUGCCGUGGUGGACAGAGUUUCCAAAAUCAUCCCUGAUACAAGAAGGCACAUUAAAAGUCCAAGCAAUUACUCAGAGAUUACUCUUUAUCUCAUUAUCGCUUUGAGCGCCAUCUCCUUCGUUUUCCUUUUCACAAUCAUUGGGCUUACUGUUAUCAAGUGCUACAGAUACAGUCUGUAUGGGGACUCCUGCUGUGCAGGGUUCUGUGGGGUCAGAGAACGGUCCCCUGCUGAAUUGUACAAGCAGGCCAACAACAACAUCGAUGCUAGGUUGCCCCACGGUUUAAAAGUGCAACCCCAUUUCAUUGAAGUGAGGGGCAAUGGGUCUCUCACUAAGACCUACUGCUAUAAGGCAUGCCUAACUGCAGGAUCAGGAAGUGACACUUUUAUGUUUUACAAUACCUGUGGCCCAUCAGGAACUACUGGUCCCUCUGCAGUGAUGACUGAGAGGCAUCUGACAGGACAGAGUGGGCAGAGUGCACAAAACCUGAUCAUACUUAAAAAUGACUCCAUUACUCCUAAUGAGCCAAAACACCCCAAUCCUGACUGGCGCUACUCUGCAUCCCUAAGGGCAGGAAUGCAAAGUGCUGUGCAUAUGGAGGAGGCAGGAGUCCUACGUGGAGGACCAGGAGGGCCUGAUCAGCAGUGGCCAACAGUCUCCAGUGCUACUCCAGAACCUGAGGCGGGAGAGGUGUCCCCCCCAGUGGGAGCUGGUGUGAACAGCAACAGCUGGACCUUUAAAUUUGGACCGGGCAAUCCCAAACAAGGUGGUCCUGGUGAGUUGCCAGACAAAUUCAUUAUCCCAGGAUCUCCUGCAAUCAUCUCCAUCCGGCAGGAGCCACCAAACAGCCAAAUUGACAAAAGUGACUUCAUAACCUUUGGCAAGAAGGAAGAGACCAAGAAAAAGAAGAAAAAGAAGAAGGGAAACAAGACUCAGGAGAAAAAAGAAAAGGGCAACAGCACCACUGAGAACAGUGACCAGUGAGGGGUUUAUACUGAAAGAACCCACUUAGCCAGUUUUUGUAAUAAUGGCAGAUUUCUCCUAUGUAGCAACUCCCAACUUCUUCCUACUGUUAACAAAUUUCCUGUAUGUACAGACUUGAGAAAAUCAGCAGGAAAUUCACAGUGUCUGUCUAAAUUGCUUAACAGGUUUUGUCUUAAAAGCUUUAUUAAGUCUGGUGUUAACUCUUUUUCUCCACUCUGGCUUGUUUUCAGAAUCUAAAAAGCAGACACAAGUUUCCUUUCUCCUACGCCGAAAAGGAGAAUCUUCACAGUACAGCCAGUGAGAGGUUGGACUCUGCACUGUGGUUCCUGUGCUCCUGUCUUGAUGACACUUACAGGACAGGUUUAAAAGUUUUAUAAUGUUGUGCACCCUCUAUCUGAUUGGAAAUAUUUGUGUGCAGAUGUCAGCUAGGUGAUAUGAGAUCAGAUUAGAAAAUGCAAGAAGAGCUGGUAAAUAUGCAACAGAGGAAACACCCAAUGAACACAAAUGUUCAAAGAUGUUCAGGCUGGGGAGGAAAUGUCUGAAAGGAGAUGACUAGACUUUCCAAAUCUUCAGAAGUCACUGUGUGGGAAUACUGAGUCUUAUAUAUGACGUAUUGUACACACUCCUGCAAAUACAUUUACAGCUCUAAGAUACCAUAAAUUUUAUCUCUUACCAAGCAAGCCAUUGGGAAAAUUGUCCCUUAAAGCCCUGCAUUACCCUGGCAAGGCUAGCCCUCGGAGUGUAAGAAGGGCUAGGCUGACAUCCCAGGAAUGUAACUGACUGUGAUGCUCUGUGUCCCUAUUUCCACUCUAACAUUAUUUUGCACAUUAUGUCUCUGAAAAGGUCAGAGUUUUUCCACGACACUUAUGCAAAAGAGAGAAAAAAGAAACGUUAACUAUGCUAUUUGUUAUUUGAGAUAUUUAUUUAUAAAGAAAUAUAGCUGUAAAUGUUAAAGAAAUAUGAUGCCCUUUAACCCAAACAGAAGUCAAUCUAGAGCCAUUAUAAAUUACAAUUGCUGCUACUAAAGUGCUUUAGAAAAAUUGCCUGAAACAUCUGUAUUAUAUCGGCCACUUGCCAAUAACAGCUUUAUUCUGUCGGGUGACUUGGGGGCUGCCUCUUGCAUGUAUUAAUAAAUACAAGAAUAUAUUUUUUUUCUUUUUUUUUUUUUCUUUUUUGACAUUAAUCUGCACUUUGAAUACACCUUUGCAAAGAAACUGUCCAGAUAUGAAGAAGCAGAAGCAAACUCCUCACACAAAUGAAUUUAUUAACCUGCUAGCUCUGUGCGGUACCUUGGUGUUCCCUCCCACAUAACCUUUUCUGAUUUUAGUUUUACUUUUCUAUGAGAUUAUGAAUUUCUGACCCUACUAACACUCAUUAUGUAAAAUUCAAGUACUGUAUGUAUGCUGUAUGCUCUUAUAAGAAUCCUGAAAUAUUUAUUCUGUGCUUGUGUAUGUGAAUGUCAUUGCAACUAUUAUUAGAGUGGACUUUAAGCUUUACCGUUGAAUGUAAAUUCAUUAUUUCUUUUUUGUACACUUGUGAAAAAGUGGAGUAGUGUUAAUUUUUUAAGCCACUGUCGAUUAUCAGUUUUUUGUGUAUGAAACACAAGUAAAAUAUCUUUCUUAAAUCAAGCCAUGCAUGCAUUUUGGGAUUUAUUGGUAAGAACCUGUGAAGCUAAAGCUCUGUGAAUUGCUAAACCUAAGGGUAUAAAUGGAGUAUUGAAUGUGGUUGAGAAUGUUGAUAUAAAACCAAUACAUGUAUUUUUAAAUAGAACAUAGCUGAUGAGGGAAUUCCAAGGAGUUUUCUACUUUAUUGUACAUUCACAGAAUAAAGCUCAAGUGUCGUAUUAAUU